AUGGACUGGGACCAUCUUGCUGAGAGGGAUAACCAACAGUACUUCGCAGCUUGGCUUCAACUCCUGAGCCAGCAAUCCCCUGGCCUGCCGUUGAGACUCGCAAGCGAGCACUAUCGAAGAGCACGCGCAACAGAGGUGUCGUCAUUUACAACCGGGUCUUACAAUAUCUGCUGCACUGUUGCGUUCGAAGAUGGAUUUCGUGUUGUGACGACCAAGUAUGAAAAAAACGCUAUAGAAGACUCUCAACGACUAUCGGAUCGAAUGGCACAGUCCAUGAAAAAUGAGCUCUUUUGGUUCUGCCUUGCUGCAAGGAAGAGUUUCAUGUUUGAUGAUAUUUACUGUACAUUCCUUGACCGUAAAUACUUCGGUCGGGAGUCUCUUGAGAAUGGAGUUUCUCUUUUGCCGCAGGAGGAGUUGGAUGAACUAGAGGGAUUUGUCAGGGUGAAGAUGCAGCAAGCCGGUAAAAGUCGCUUGGACGAGCAUCUGUCCUAUGAU